AUGGGAGUUCCAGCUUUAUUUAGAUGGUUAUCUCGAAAAUAUCCUAAGAUUAUAUCUCCUGUUAUAGAAGAAGAUCAAUAUGAUUUUGGUGGUUCAAAAUAUGAAGAUUCAAAUCCAAAUGGUGAAAUUGAUAAUUUAUAUUUAGAUAUGAAUGGUAUUGUACAUCCAUGUUCUCAUCCUGAACAUAAAAGACCACCUGAAACUGAAGAUGAAAUGUUUUUAGAUAUUUUUACUUAUACUGAUAGAGUUUUAAUGAUGGCAAGACCAAGAAAAGUUUUAAUGAUUGCAGUUGAUGGAGUUGCACCAAGAGCUAAAAUGAAUCAACAAAGAGCAAGAAGAUUUAGAUCAGCUCAAGAUGCAAAAUUUAAACAAUUAGCUAUUGAAAAAGAAAUUAAGCAAAAAGAACUUCGAGGAGAAAUUAUAAAUGAUUCAAUUAAAAAAAAACAAUGGGAUUCAAAUGCUAUAACCCCAGGUACUCCAUUUAUGGAUAGAUUAGCAGAAGCAUUAAGAUAUUGGGUUGCUUAUAAAUUAAGUAAUGAUCCUGGUUGGGCUAAUUUACAAGUCAUAAUAUCUGAUGCAACUGUACCAGGAGAAGGUGAACAUAAAUUAAUGGCAUUUAUAAGAUCUCAAAGAGCUGAUCCACAAUAUAAUCCAAAUACUAAACAUUGUAUAUAUGGUUUAGAUGCAGAUUUAAUCUUUUUAGGUUUAGCAACUCAUGAACCUCAUUUUAGAGUAUUAAGAGAAGAUGUAUUUGCAAAUCAAGAAAGACAUAUGACAAUUUCUGAUCAUGUUGGAAUGUCAAAAGAUCAAGAAAAUAUAAUAGAAGCAAGAGAUAAGAAAAAACCAUUUUUAUGGUUACAUGUUAAUGUACUAAGAGAAUAUUUAGCAAUUGAAUUAUAUAAUCCAAAUACAUCUUUUCCAUUUGAUUUAGAAAGAGCUAUUGAUGAUUGGGUUUUUAUAUGUUUUUUUGCAGGUAAUGAUUUUUUACCUCAUUUACCAAGUUUAGAUGUUAGAGAUAAUGGUAUAGAUACAUUGGUGAAUUGUUGGAAAAAAUGUGUAACAAGAUUAAGAGAUUAUGUUACAUGUGAUGGUAAAUUAAAUUUAGAAAGUGUUGAAAUAUUAUUAAAAGAUUUAGCAAUUAGAGAAGAUGAAAUUUUUAAAAAUAGACAUGCAGUUGAUAAAAGAAGAGAAGAAAAUAAAAAGAAAAGAAAAUUGGCAGAAGAACAAGAUAAAGCAUUGAAAAAUGUUUAUUUAUCACAAGUAUCAAAAGGUAAAGAUAAAGCUCCGGUAAUAGCUGAUAUGAACAUGCCAUUAAUGGAUACUAGUGGUAAAGCUGUUGAAGGGUAUGCCGAAUUAAGUAAUAAAGAUAUUGUUAAUAACAGAGAUACAAUCACUUUAGCUGGGAUGGCCAACAAUGAUGCUGCUGCCGCCCUCAAAAAACUUAUAGAUUCCAAAAAACAACUCAAAGAAGAAACUCCAGAAACCAGCACUGCUAGUAAUACAGAUGUUGAAGAUUCACCAAGAAAACGUACAUUUGAAGAAGCUGAAGAAGAAGGUGAUAAUAUACGAUUACAUGAACCUGGUUAUCAAAAGAGAUAUUAUGAACAAAAAUUUCAUUGUAAAACUGAUGAAGAAGUUGAACGAACAAGAAGAGAAGUUGUCAAAAGUUAUAUUGAAGGUAUAUCAUGGGUAGCAUUAUAUUAUUAUCAAGCAUGUCCUUCAUGGACUUGGUUUUAUCCUUAUCAUUAUGCACCAUUUGCUGCAGAUAUGACUAAUUUACAAGAAUUAUUUCCAGAAGGUGUGAAAUUUAAAUUAGGAAAACCAUUUAAACCAUAUGAACAAUUAAUGUCAGUAUUACCAGCAGCAUCAAGUCAUGCACUCCCAGAAGUAUUUCAUGAUUUAAUGAAAAAUCCAGAUAGUGAAAUUAUAGAAUUUUAUCCAGAAGAAUUUGAAAUUGAUAUGAAUGGGAAAAAAAUGAGUUGGCAAGGUAUACCUUUAUUACCAUUUAUUGAUGAAAAAAGAUUAUUAGAAGCAGUACAAGGUAAAUAUCAAGAAUUAACAGAUUAUGAAAGAAAAAGAAAUACAAAUAGAGAAGCAGAAUUAUUUAUAUCAAAUCAAAAUAAAAAUUAUAAAAAAUUUUAUGAAGCAUUUUAUGAAGAUAAAUUAGAAACUUUUGAUUUCAAAUUUGCAAGAACUGGUUUAGCUGGUAUUGCAAUCAAAUUUCAAGAUUUUAAACCAGAAGGAUUCUUCAAGUUCCCAUUAAAAGAAGGUAAAAUGCCGAAUGUUGAUCAAAGAGAAUAUUUACAAAUAGAAUAUCAUUUUCCAGAGAAGAAAAAAGGUAAGUCAAUGCUAUUAAAUGGCUUUAUUAUGCCAUUACCAGCAUUGACUGGUGCUGAUAAAAAUGAAGUAAUAUAUAGAUUAACAAAUGGUGAUAUAAGGGGUGCUGGUCAUUUUUCAAAUAAUUUUCAAGCAAAUGAUUAUAUUAAUAAUGGACCAGUUGGAAAAGAAAUAUAUAAGACUUAUGGUAUGAGAAGAGGAGGUUAUAGGUCUCAAUUACAAAUGAUAAAAGAUUCAAAUAAUAAUAAUAAUAAUAAUAAUAAUUUUAAUGGACAAUCACUACCUCAAAAACCACAAUUUUCACAACAACAACCACAACACCAAUAUUUAAAUAUAUAUCAAAAUUUCGCUCAAAAACAAAAUCAACCUCAAAUAAAUUCAACUGGUUAUUUACCACCUCAAACUACAAAAAAUGGAUAUAGAAAUUAA